CCUGAAAGCGCCUGUCUGGGGCGGCUGCGGCCCCCGCUGCGCCGCGCUCGGGUCCCGCUGCCCGGGGGCCCAGGCGCCCGGAUAGGCCCGGCCUUGGGGCGGGCCCCCGCCCCCCAAGGAACCUGCCCCGCCUCUCGAGAAGGGCCUACGGAGUCGGGACCCCCCUCGGAGGAUGUCUUUGAGGAGGGCAAGGAUGGAACCCAGGGGCCUGGCCCAGCCAAUUGAUUUAGAGAUCAUGAAGAAUCUCAGACUACACUUGGUAACCUGGAAUGUGGGCACAGCUUCUCCUCCUCCUGAUGUCACUAGCUUACUUCAGCUCAGUUCACAGGGACCGAGUAUGGAUAUGUAUGUUAUCGGUUUACAGGAGGUGAACUCCAAGAUCAUAAAUUUCCUUUCUGACUUGGCAUUUGAUGAUCCGUGGAGCAUUUUCUUCAUGACUGUAUUCUCUCCUUUGGGUUAUAUCAAGCUCUCAUCCGUUCGAAUGCAGGGACUCCUUCUGCUGGUCUUUGUGAAGCAUGCUCAUAUCCCCUUCAUACGGGACAUUCACACUCACUACACGCGCACAGGCCUUUAUGGAUAUUGGGGGAACAAAGGAGGCGUCACCAUUCGCAUGUCCCUCUAUGGUCAUAUGAUCUGCUUCAUGAAUUGCCAUUUGCCUGCUCACAUUGAGAAUGCUGAGCAACGACUGGAUGACUUUGAGAAAAUUCUGGAAAUGCAGCAGUUUGAAGAUGAGAAUGUGCCAAAUAUUCUAGACCAUGACAUUCUUUUCUGGUUUGGAGAUCUAAACUUCCGGAUAGCAGAUUAUGGGAUACAUUUUGUCCGAGAGUCAAUAAGCAAUAGCCGGUACAAUCUACUAUGGGAAAAGGACCAGUUAAAUAUGGCAAAGAAGAAGGAAGCUUUUCUCCAGGAAUUUAUAGAGGGUCCCUUGCAGUUUAAACCCACUUACAAGUUUGACCUUCACUCUGAUGUGUAUGACACAAGGGGGCAGAAGACACUGUUUUGGUUUAAUGGGAAGAAACGGAAGCCAGCAUGGACAGAUCGAAUUCUUUGGAGGGUGAAGAAUCUCUCCCAGCAUUCAUCAGAGGAUGGAGAUUUGUCUGAAGGAGAGCAGACAAUCUCUGUGACCCUGAAUAACUAUAUCAGUCACAUGAGCUAUGGCAUCAGUGAUCACAAACCUGUUACAGGAACCUUUGGGCUUCAGAUAAAACCUCUUUUUUCCACUCCAUUGGUCACUCUGAAUCCUGAGGGUGAGUGGAAUGCUGCGCAGGAUGUUCUAAUCAGCUAUUCCACAGUAUCUGAAUUUCCAAGCAGUACCUGGGACUGGAUUGGGCUCUACCAGGUGACAUUCAGGCAUGUGAAUGACUAUGUGACCUAUGCCUGGGUAAAAGAUGAUGAAAUUUCAUCCAGUGAAGAUGUUACUCAAGUUUACAUCAGUGCUGAUGAGAUCCCCCAUGCAGGAGGAGAGUUUCUCCUUUGUUAUUAUAGCCAUAAUAUGCAGUCUAUAGCUGGUAUGAGCCAGCCCUUCCAGAUUCAGCCAAGCAGGAGAUCAGCAGAGAAGGAACUGGCACAGGAAAACAUCAAUGGCAUAGAGAAACCUCACAGUCCCAAGCCAUAUGAUGAGUUCUGAAGUCAGAACUUAGUGAUAUUGAUUCAGGUGUCAGAGAUGCUUACCUUCCCUGUGUCUUAGCAAUUAUAGACCUUCCUCUGUAGGAGAUGGAGUCAGGCAGUGCAAAGGGUCCCACAGGUAGGGCUGUUCAGAUCAUAGACUUAAAGCUUUAUAGAAAGUAAUUUCUUGUGGAAAUGACUCUUUCUGUUGUCACCAUAGGAGGUAACUCUCUAGAGCCCUGGUUCCAUGCAGGACCACUAAUGACAGCUCCUGAUCAGUGCUGGCCAACAUGAGAUCAUAGUGGAAAUCUCUCUAUUACAGUGAUUUAAUCUGAAGUAGUUGCAUUCUGCAGCAGCUUCCAAGUCUGCUGCUUUCCUGCUUUUUGUAGGAGAUAUUUUAGGAACCAUGCAGUUGACUGAUUUUUUUUUUUUUUUAGUGUUUUAGAAUUUAAGUGAAAUUAUUUUUAAAACAAAGUGUUAUUUAUUAGAUAUACAAUGAUUGAGUUUAUUUUAAAGUAUUUUUUAAAUUUGAUGAAUAAAUGUUAGCAAAUAUCAUCUUUGGAAGCAACCAACUAUGGGGCAACAGAAGUAAUAUGAAAACAACGUAUAUGGGUCACAUGGAUUUUUCCUUUGACUUUUGACCCCUUUUACGUUCUGCCUCACAUUUCAAUAAUAAUCUUUCUGAAUAAUUUUCCUGCUCGAAAUGUUAAAGACAAGUACAUAUCCAGCAAACCAAACUUUUACUUGAUUUCUGAUGCCUCUUUCAUUGGUAAUGAAAAUCAUAGAGGAAUUUGCCUAUUACCCCCAUGGACAAGAAAGACCUUUUUGUACCAGCCGGCAACUUGGAGUCAAUCCAGUAUCAUGUGGUUUCAGAAAUAAAUUUGUUUUUAAAUGCUGUUGCUUAAUGACAUUAAAAUAGUUCUCAAAUUGUGGUCCAUGGAGCACUUAUUGGCAAAGAGCUGACUGGUCACAUGAUGCUAACUCCUCCUUUCCAGCUGUUAAAUUAUAUUAAAAGAAGCUUAAAAAAAAUAGAUGGUUUGUUAUCUUAUUGCAAUUAAUUUGUUGGGGAGGAAGGGGUAUGAAAGUUAUAUGAAACUUUUGGAGGCCAUUCAUAAAUCUCCAUAGACCCUUAGAUCGCAGAGCCAGUAAAGGGUACUUGUUGUGAUUCCUUGCUGCCAUUCUCUGCUUUCUACAGGGGGUACACAACUUCAGCAACAUACAAACUUGUGAUAAGUAAUUGAUGUUAGUUAUCUCUCAGUGCAUUGUAUAUAAUGGCAAUAGUGAAAAUACAAAACUCAGAUCAGGAAAAGGAGCUGUAGAACCAAAAGACAUUGGUGUAUAUAUUUUUGGAGACUGGGUGGGGGAAACAGGAUGGAUUCCUUCCUGCUCAUAGUCUUGAAGCCUUGGCUAGCUAUCUUAGGGCUUGUCUACACUACCACUUUUGUUGGUAUAAUUUAUUUAAAUUUGUAUAAAACACACCCCUGAAUUACAUAAUUACAAUGACAGACAUGCUGGUGUGGACAGUGCUAUGUUGGCAGGAGAGCUGCUCCCACCAACAUAGCUACCCCCGCUCAUGGAGGUGGCUUUAUUACGUUGAUGAGAGGGCUCUCUUCCGUUGGCAUAGAGGGCUACAUGAGCGAUCUUGCAGCGGCACAGUUGUAUCGGUAGAGCUGUGCCGCUGUAAGCUCGCUAGUGUAGACAUGGCCUUUGGAAUUAGAAAGUGAAUUCCCUGGUAAUUGAAUCUGUCUUAAGGUGCUGUAGUUAUGGCUGGUGUAUAAGAUGUUCUGGGUUAAGAAGGCCUUAGCUUUAAGCUUUGGAAACAGCAGCAUGUAGAAUGCUCUGGUUAGCUUGUCAAGAGCUUUUUGGAUUAAAGACCACCUAGUUUUUGAGGUUUCAGGUGUUGGAACUUAAUGCUUUGGCACUGGGAACUGUUCACUUGCCAGCAGCAAGUGUGGGGGUGGAAGAUAUUGUAUGCCAGCACAAGAAUUAAUACAGCUCUUAAGGAUAAAACAUGAAAAAUGUAAUAAUGUUGAUCGUCUGCUAUAAGAUGAGAGUAUGUUGUAUUGUCCUAUUUGUACAAUUGUUGUGUGAAAAUUGCUUUACACUAAAGAGAACUUUUUUCAAAA